AUGGAGCAAUUUGUUGGAAAGUCAGGUGUACGAACUUUAUUCAAUAUUGAAUGUAUUAAUGGCAAAGCUAUCCGAGCUCAUUCACACUAUAAAAAAGAAAGCGAAAUUCUUCUUCUACCUGGCACUUAUCUUCGUGUUGUGGGUAAAUGGAGUCCAGCUAAGGACUUAUACAUCAUUCAUUUGCGCGAAACAUCUGCACCACGACCAUUCCUUGAACCGCCUUUCGCAUUAGCAACAUUGGACACAUCCGUUCCGACAGCAUCGGCAACAACUAUGGCAACACCAGUUAAACAAAAUGUUGCAAUUUCGAAAGCCGAAGGUCUACCAAGUGGUGCUGCUACAGCAUCAUCCAUCAAACCAAAAAAAGGCCAAGAAUUCGCCACACCUGGGACGUACAGGGAACUGAAUUGUAAUGGUCGUCCUUGUGCCAAUUGCGGCAAAUGCCGUGAUUGGUACUAUACGGGCGAUCUAACAAGUUGGAAAUGGAUCCAGAAUUACAAGAAUUGGGGACCUGAGGAUCAAGAACGUUGGGGCAAUGGUAAAUAUUACUACCGUUUUAAGCGUCGUGAUGAAGCAACAUGUAUUUAUUAUUAUUCUGAUGGUGGUCAUGGUGAUUAUUAUGAUGAUGGUCUUUCUGAUUGUUUGUGUGAGGACAAUCGACGUGUGUAA